AUGGAUAGUUUCAAGCCAGUCUCCUCGCAUGAGGAGCUUCAACCCACUCAACAAGGUGGCACCAAUCAAUCAUCGAACGCCUCGGAAACAGCUCCGGCUACCGAAGAAACAUCAGACAAUCCAAAGCAAGAGCUUGACGGCGAAGCCCAGAAAGGUGGGGAAAGAAAUGCGGCAGAUGCUCAGUCCAAGGAAACACCAGCCGGAGCGCUUAUUCUCCUUGAACAGCUCCGAGCUAAGCGACAGGCACGGGACAGUGGGACAUGGGAUGUCGAAGAUGCCGACCUAGAGGAUGCGCAGAUGAACGAGGUAGCAGUUCACGUUAUCUCGUGCUCUUCUGAUGCCUCCGACGAUUCCUCAUCGACUGAAAUUGGAAGAAUAUGUCCUGUGAAGCGAUCGCCAAGCUCUAUUGAGUUCGAGAACAUGACUUCCGUGCCAUAUCAUGCUCAAUAUCAGCGCAUUGUGGAGGAGGAAGAGGCCGCUGAAAUGGAGAGGCUCUUGCAACAGUUAGAUGAGGAACAGCAGGCUGUGCAAGAUAUGGCAGUAGCCCAGCGUUACCAGUUGAUGCAGGAGCAGAUUGCUCUAAUUCAGAUGCAACUUGGCAACGAAAAUGCUGAGGUUCCAGAUCUCAAGUGGCUUAUGGCCAACGAUCCCGAUAACAGUCAUGAACUUGACGAGGUUAUUGCGGCGUUCGCCGCGAGGGACGACGACCUCCCUGAAGAAACACCCGAAGCACCUGACAUUCCACUUACGUGCAGAAACUUCUUCUGCCGAUGCCCAUGGAGAGAUGAUAUGAGAAAAGACGAAAAAAUGUCAGUAGUAACACGCAACACAUACGGGUGA